AUGGCUGGCUAUGACACAAAAAAUAAAGUUGUUCUUCAUCGAAAGUAUAUUUGUACCAUUUGUUCACUCAUAUUGAAAGAUCCAAUUCAAUUAACUUGCUGCGGUCUUCGAAUAUGUGAAUCUUGUUUUCAGCAUCAACAUGGGAUGAAAAGAAAAUGUCUACAAUGUUUAACAGAAACAUUACCAAGUCUAAUACAUCGUUAUGAUAUAUUGAAUCACUAUUUAAGUGAAAAACAUCAAAAUAUAUUAAUCAAGGUACUUUAUCAAAUGCAAGUUCAAAUGGAAAACAAGAGAAAAUCAUCGACUGAAACGAACAGUGACCUUUCGCGGUCAAUGUCAGUAGUAGCUGUUGAUUUCAAUACAGCUCUUUUUCAAGAGUUAUGUGAAAUACUUGAUAUUUCAACAGAUGAAUUAAAUGCAAUGGCCAGUGAUCGACAAGAACAAUUUAAUAAUGCAUUAUUUCAAUGUCAAAUGAAAUAUCCGACAUUGACACUCAAAUUUUUACAAUUGAAAGUAUCUAUACAAGAAAUCGAUGAAAGUUUAAAUGGGCCAACAGUCAAUAAUGAUAAUGUUCAAAUGGAUUUAACAAACUUGAACGAAACAAUUGGAAAUUCGCAAUAUAUGCCAUAUGAUGGAACACUUAUAUGGAAAAUUACAAAUGUUCAACAAAAAAUAAUUGAUGCUCAGUCUGAACGACAAACAUCAAUUUAUUCGCCACUAUUUUAUUCAUCACCUGUUGGUUAUAAAAUGUGUGUUCGUUUGUAUUUAAAUGGUGAUGGAAAUGCUCGCCGUACACAUAUGUCACUCUUUUUUGUGCUUAUACGAAGUCCGAACGAUGCGAUUCUCCAAUAUCCAUUUAAUUACAAGGUAACAUUUUGUUUGUACGAUCAAACUCCUGCACAACGGCAUAUUAUCAAUUCAUUCCAACCAGACAUUCGCUCAAGCAGUUUUCAACGACCUCGAUCAGAUAUGAAUAUAGCCAGUGGCAUUCCGAAAUUUUUUCCAUUGGAAAUGAUUCAACCGGAAGGAAAUCCAUAUGUACGAGACGGCACAAUGUUCAUCAAAAUUAUGAUCGAUUUUGGAAAUAUACCCAACCCACUGUUACCAUAUGCCUUUAAUCUCAAUCCGGGUCUACCAACCCACAUUCAACAAGUGAUGAUUAAUCGAGAAGUUGAACGCAGAUCUCAACAACAUCAUUAA